CUUCCAUUUUUAUUUUUGGACACCGGUGUUGUGAUUCAGAUCGAAAUUUGGCGCCCCUUUCAUAACAAUUUCAUUCAUACAUUCAAAUUCGGGGAUUUUAAAAAUUCUAGAAAGAAAUUGUACUUGCAGAAUUUGAAAAGAAAAAAUGUCGCUUCGUAGGCGAACAUUGCUAAAGGUCAUCGUUCUCGGUGAUAGUGGGGUGGGUAAAACAUCAUUGAUGAAUCAAUAUGUACAUAAGAAAUUCAAUCAUCAGUAUAAGGCUACAAUUGGGGCUGAUUUUGUCACCAAGGAGCUACAAAUCGAUGACCGGCUUGUCACUCUUCAAAUAUGGGACACAGCUGGGCAGGAGAGAUUUCAGAGUCUUGGGGUCGCAUUUUAUAGAGGAGCAGAUUGUUGUGUUUUGGUGUACGACGUUAAUGUAAUGAGGUCCUUUGAUACCCUAGACAAUUGGCAUGAAGAAUUUCUCAAACAGUUUGCAGCAGACACCACCCAAUACUCAAUCCAAAUUUAUACUGUAUCUUUAGGAUAUGGUUAUUUUAAAGCAUGUCUCUCUCAGGUGGUGAUAAAUUGGGCAAACCCAGCGGACCCCAAGACGUUCCCUUUUAUAUUACUGGGAAACAAAAUUGAUAUAGAUGGUGGAAAUAGCAGGGUGGUUUCUGAAAAGAAAGCAAAGGAAUGGUGUGCAUCAAAAGGGAACAUACUUUACUUUGAGACAUCAGCAAAAGAGGAUUACAAUGUUGAUGCUGCAUUUUUGUCUAUUGCGAAGACUGCUUUAGCUAAUGAGCACGAGCAGGACAUAUACUUCCAAGGCAUGCCCGAGGCUGUUCCUGACACUGAACCACGGGGCGGUUGUGCAUGUUAAUCUGGAGUGUGCAAGUGAUUUGAAAGACAUCUAUAACUAUUGUUCGUGUAACUUUCUUUAGGUCGUUAUUGGUUGACUUUCGUUUUUUGUAUCGUUGUAUGCUAAUCGCUCAAGAGUAAGACAGGAUUGCUUUAUUUUCCUUCUUUAUUUGAGAGGCGUCAACAACUGUACUUUCAAUAGUCAAGAUCGAGAUUGUAGAUCGACUCUAAUUUCCAUUUCACUGUGAUUUUGUGACAUGUGGGCAGCGAAAGCUCUGAACUUUAUUCUUCAGAAAUCUGGAGCAUUACAAAAGCAUUGUGGAUCUUGAUUAUACUUUGGCUAUCAAGCAUUUGAGCAAAUUUGUUAACACAGGCACCUUUCCUCU